AUGGCCCCCAACACGAUCCUCCUCGCCGCCCUCGGCGCAGCGAACCUCGCUUCCGCCCACUUCGGCCUCACCUACCCCGCGUGGCGCGCCGACACUCUCAAGGGAACCAACGUGACGGGAUACUCGCAAUGGCAGUACCCAUGCGCCGGCGUCCCCUACGGCAAGGGCAACGUGACGGACUGGCCUCUCGACGGCGGCUCCAUCGAGCUCGACCUCCACCACGACUGGACCUACGUCUUCAUCAACCUCGGCCUCGAGUCCAACGGCAACGUCACGACGCACAACAUCACCCUCACCCCGCAGUUCUGGAACGCCACCGGCGCCGGAACCCUCUGCGUGCCCAAGCUCAACCUCUCUACGCCGGCGACCGAGGGCCAGAAGGGCAGUAUCCAGGUCGUCACCGUCGGUGACUCUGGCGCUGGUCUGUACAACUGCGCCGAUAUCCGCUUCACCUCCAACGCCACCGCCCUCUCCGGCGACCAGUGCAAGACGGAGGGUGUGACCGUGUACCCCAUCAAGGAGCAGAGCGCCAACGGCACCGUCGAGGGCGGCAGCGGUAGCGGUAGCGGCAACGCAAGCAACGGCACCGGCAGCGGCGGCACCAGCGACGCGUCCGGCCGCGGCGCUCACAUGGCUGCGUUGACCUCCGUCGUCGGUCUUAGCGUUGCCUUUGUCUUUGGCAUGAGCCUGUAA